AUGAGGUUCAACAACAUCGUCUAUCUGCCUUGCGCCAUUCUCUUGGCCUUGCUGUUUGCAUCUGGUCUGGCCACUGCUGCUCCAGUUCCUUAUCACCUUGCCGGAUCCAUUGCCACCACCCAUGCCAUCCACAUCACCGGCACCAACCAAGCCAACCUUCCGGUCCUCACCCCUGUCUUUUACAAGCGAGUAGUUAGAGGUGGACGACGACCCUUCGAUGAUAUGAAGCGCGACCUUUCCUCCACCACCACCCUUGAGGAGGAGGUUUCCGAGCCCGAGUUCGAGAACAUUGUCGAUCUGUACAAGCGAGUAGCAGGAGGUGGACGACGACCCUUUGAUGAUAAGAAGCGUGACCUUACCAGCACCGCCGCACAUUGA